AUGUCAGCUUCGCACUGCUGUAACUUUUGUUUUAGAGAACUACCUACCUUGGGUGGGCUGAAGAGACACAUCAGCAGCCGUCGAGAAUGUCGCCGUAAAUGGGAGGAUACCAUCGCCAAAAAGACAGAGACAGUUUCCGUUUUCGACACAGAGGAGCAGGAAGAAAAGACUUACCACACGCUUCCUGAGGAACCUGUCAUGGUGUCGCUAGUUGACGGUCCCCCUGGAAACUGUAAUUCCACCUUUGACAGCUAUAUUCCUGCUCCUGUAUGGGAGCUGUCUCCAGAUGAAGAGGAAACCGAGGAAUUGAACGCGCGCACCUCCAAGUGUGCGCGAGUUGAAGACGUACCCGAUGAAGAUGACAUUCCAGCGGGGCGCUUCUACACCAACUACAGCUGUCGUCCGGUUGCAAUGGUCCAAGUGCAGGGGAAGAUGGUGUUCGAGAGGCAGCAUGAGGAAGCACGGGAAAUGCAGACCAGCGAGUAUGCCCCCUUUUCAGACGAGGAGGAAUGGCAACUGGCGGAGUGGUUAAUGAAGCAUCUGGGGCAGAACAGGAUAGAUGAAUAUCUGGACUUACCAAUUAUGAAGAAGUGCAUGCAGCCAUCCUUCCACAAUACUCGCGCAUUUCUUCAGAAGGUCGAUGAAUUACCUACUGGUCCCGCGUGGUCCUGCAAGAAAGUUGUCGUCCAAGGGAAUGCUGUGGCAGAGAAUGGUGAGGUAUUGAAGGAAGAGGUGGAACUUUGGCUUCGCGACCCAGUCGAGUGCAUCAAGGAGCUGAUUGGGAACCCGCUCUUCAAGGAUUCAAUGGCAUAUACUUCCGAAAAGGUAUUCACUGACAAGGAAGGAGCUCGUCGUAUUUACGACGAGAUGUGGACAGGUGAUUGGUGGUGGAAAACACAGGAUAAACUGCCCGAAGGCGUGGUCAUCGCCCCAGUGAUCUUGUCCUCAGACAAGACAAAACUCACUCAGUUUUGUGGGGAUAAAUCUGCGUGGCCUGUGUACUUGAGCAUUGGCAACAUUUCGAAGGAGACCAGAUGUCAGUCGUCUGCACGCGCAAUGAUUCUGAUAGGCUACCUACCUGUGUCGAAGCUAGAGUGCUUUACAAAAGACUCACACUCUCUUGCAGGAUACUGCCUGUUUCACCACUGCAUGUCGCUGCUUCUCGUGCCGCUAGUGAAAGCCGGUAAGGAUGGGGUGGACAUGAUAUGUGCCGACUCCUUCAUCCGACGAAUCUACCCCAUUGUUGCCUCCUAUAUCGCUGAUUACCCAGAACAGUGUCUCGUCGCUUGUUGCAGCGAAAACCGCUGUCCCCGCUGUAUUGUGAAUCCGCGGGAGCACAGUGAAAUGCUGGAUACACUGCUGUUCCAAGAUCCCGACGAGACAUACGACACCUUGCAAAAGCAGAAGAAAGGUCUGGAACCUGCUGCAUUCAAAGGCGAAGGCCUGUGCACCGUGUACAAACCCUUUUGGCACAACCUUCCCCACUGCAACAUCUUUGCGUGCUUCACCCCAGACCUCCUGCACCAGCUACACAAAGGUGUCUUCAAGGACCAUUUGGUCAGUUGGUGCAUCGCCAUCGCCAGGGAGGAGGAGAUCGACCGGCGAUUCAAAGCACUUGCAGGGUAUCCGGGCUUGAGGCACUUCAAGAAAGGGAUUAAUACCAUCACGCAAUGGACGGGAACUGAGCACAAGGAGAUGCAAUGCAUUUUUGUCGCGUUGUUGGCAGGUGCUGUUCCAGAGGAAGUUCUCACAGUUGCACGGGCACUUUUGGACUUUAUUUAUUACUCCCAGUUGCGCCUUCACACCACCGCCACCCUUGCAUGCCUUGACACGUGUCUAAAAACAUUUCAUGACCACAAGCAGAUCUUGAUCGACUUCGAGGUGCGUUCGCACUUCAACAUUCCAAAACUUCAUGCACUGCAGCACUAUGUCAAUGCCAUCCAACUAUACGGUACUCCUGAUGGCUUCAACACAGAGCUGCCGGAACGCUUGCACAUCGACUAUGCCAAGGAGGCCUACCGGGCAAGCAAUAGGCAGGAUUACGAGGAACAGAUGGCAUUAUGGCUCCAGCGCCAGGAAGCCAUCUACCAACGCAGCGCGUACCUGGCGUGGGCCACCCGUGUUUACAGUACAACUCCAGCUGUGCAACGAAUUUCCGUUCAGGUCGAUGAAGGGUAUGACACAGACGCCGAGCCAGAGGAGGCUGAUGUAGUGCCACCACCAUCAAUAUCAGUUGACACAGAGCCUGUGCAUAAGCUUGCAAAGACAUGCCCAAAACCGAGGACAUCGGUUGAAUACUUGCAGCAAGUGCAUGGAGCAGGCGACUUUCUCCCUGCACUGAAAUCAUUCUUGCAGAAACACCUACCCCAUAACAUAAUCAUUCCUGGUGCACAGGACCAUUUCGAUGUUUACAACCAGGUGGUCGUCGAGAUGCCUUUCAAUCCCGUUAUCGGUGACAAGCACAGCCGCAUGAGAAUUCGUGCUGUCCCUUCAGUUCCACCCUCAUCCACAGGGCGCAAGCCGGGCUCACCUGCACACUUUGACAUGGCACUGGUUUACACAGAUCGCGGCACAAUCAAGAAGUGUGGGUUCAAAGGUCUACAAGUAGGGCAAGUCCGUGCCAUAUUCUGCCUCCCACGUCAGUUUGGAGCCUAUCUGCACCCUCUCGCAUAUGUCGAGUGGUUCACCGAGUUUUGGCCGCAACCAGACUCUACACUCAACAUGUAUCAAAUCAUGUGGUACCAGUAUUGA